AUGUUUCGAAACCGAGAUUUAGCUGCGUUAGCAGUGCUUGCUCUAGUUGAAUCAUCCCUGGGUAAACCUGUUGCAGGCGGGUCAUGGGUUGAAGAGACUUGCAUCUGUGCACCUUCCAACUGCCUCCCAGUUGUCACCUCCUACACUACUAUCACAACUACCCCCAUCCAAACCAUCACCAUCACGAAAACUACCAGUGGUGAAGUGACCCCUCCAGGAAGUACUCCUUCCGAUCCUAGUACGGGUCCACCAGGGGUUCUCACAUCAUCUAUUGUCCUACCUACUCCCCCUACUACUAGCCCAAGCGAGGUUGUUGUCAAGACCACUACCAUCUCAGGCACCGAGGUCAUUGUCAUCAGCACUAUCACCCCUACUCAACCUCCACCUCAAAGUACUCUACCUUGCGAAACAAUCACUCAAACAAUCACGACCUCAGGCACUGUCAUUGUUAUAACCGCCACCAUCACACCUAGCCAGCCUCCCAUCGAGACUGCCACUCAAACAGUUGGAACCCCCAGACUUACAGCUUUGCCUGAGUCUGUCAUUACAAGGACCAUAUCUGAAUCAAUCAUAACCUCAAGUAUUCCUGGAUCGGAAAUCGUUAUCACGAAGACUAUCCCUCCUACUACCGAAAUUACUGUAGUUCCAUGCGAUUCAACGUUCACAGUAACUCAGACCGGAACAGUAGUCAAAACAACUCGUCCCGUAUCCACAAUCACAUUGAUCGAAUCCGGAGUCAUCGUCACCUCUACCUAUCCACCAUCGACCCUGUAUGUGACCUACACAUCCCAUAUAUACACUACCAUUGUUACAGCUACCACAAUCACGAGAACUAUCUCAGCAAGCACGUUAACGAUAACUCAAACUGGUGAGAUUGUCGAAACUACCGUCCCAGGAUCUACCGCUGUCAUUACAAUUCCAGGAUCUGUUAUAACCACUGUCGUUACACCCCCACCAGCAGCUACCACUCCACCAACAUCAACUUGCCAAUACGAUCCAUGCCUCAAACAAAUGCUAGAAUCAUCCGCCGUCACCUCAUUUUGCGCUACCUAUACAGCAAAGGUUCACACCGUCCCAAUCUCACUCCCAGCCUGCGUCUCUGAAUGUGAUACUGCGCCAAGUGCUCUCUCAUCCGCUUGUUCAUGUCUAGUUGGUGAUUAUACCACCCCUCCAGUUGUAACUUCCACACUCGUCCCCAUAAACACCGGUUCAACAAUCCUGGACCCAGGAUUCACUCCCACUCCAAAACCUCCAUGCAAGCAUUGUACUGGUGGCUCUGUUCCUCCUGGACCUUCCAUCACACCCUCCAAUGGGGUCUGCCCAACUCCAAGCCUAGUCUUAUCUACGAUCACGACUACAACUACUUUUAUUAAAUCUUUGACGGCAAUCUACAGUAUCCCUGUUUCAUCAACGGCUUAUCUUUCAAGCUCUCCCAGCCCUCUCAAUGGAACCUCAUCUACACUUUUCUCUGAGUCGAAAAUAUCUCAAUCAACCUCUGGUGUCGUCCUCUCCUCGUCUACCAUUCUAUCAUCAUCGAUCGUCAUCUCAAUUGCAUCAACUAUAGAGUCCCAACCAUCUGCAUCCCGGGCCGCGCUCUGGUAA